UCACCUACGUGUCUCACAGUUAAGCACCCAUUGGCGACACUACUGGCGCACAUUGGCAGAGAAGUAAUGGUGUUGCUUAGGCUGAGUCUUUAUACGCUGUAUCUUUUCCCUGCUGAUGGGGAUGAGGACAUCCCUCGUUAUGCCUUGAAGCCGAACAGCAAGGACUGUUAUGAAGGGUUCUUCCCGUUGACGGAGAAUGACACAUUGCAAGUCACAGGGACCAAGUCGAAGACGAACGUUAAAUUCCAGGGACAGGACUUGGGGUGUGGUGAUGAAUCUGCCGUUGAGGAGUUCAAGAGUCUGUGGGACGGAGCCAUAGAGUUCUUGGGAGCCGUUGGUGAAGGGGAGAGCCUAACACCAGGCUUUCACAAGCGACUGUCUGAACGUGAGAGCGAAUUCAUAGAGCAGAGGGAGUUGAAGCUGCGGUAUAUCACUUGGAACCUAGCGGGGGAGCCGUUGUAUACAACGGCAGACAAUGGCAUCAGCGAGCUGUUUAAGGGUGAUUUUGACGUUGUAUACGUUGCGUUCCAAGAGGUUAUCCCGUUAAAUGCAAAGAAUUUCAGAUCAUCGCAGGCACCAGUGGAUUCGUGGGCCGAAAAGAUCCUCUCCUUACUGGGAUCAACGUAUAGGGUCAUAAAUACAAACAAGCUGCUGGGAUUGGCGUCGAUAUUGAUAUCAAAGAAGUCAUUGUUUCUGAACUUUUCAGACAUUCACAUCGACUCUAUAGGCACAGGGGUCUUGAACCUGUUCGGGAACAAGGGUGCAAUUGCAACGAGCUUCUCCAUCAGAGAGUUCAACUUCACUCUAUUGGAUUGCCACUUUGCAGCAGGCGAGAGUGAGCAGUUUGUGCUGAAGAGAAGACGUGAGUUGAGUGCAAUCAAGAGUUAUAUCAAAUUACCACAGUCAAAGGGCAAAUUGGUCUCUUCGGACCCAGGUGUACUGUUCGACGUGGAUCAACUGCCCGAGCAAUUGGACGAGUUGGAGAUUGAAAGUGAUGAGGAGCAGGAUGCUGAACAGAAGAAUGACUCGGACAAUAGCGAGUCCACUCCAGAUGAAGAUGAUGACGAUGAGCAAGAGCAUAACCUUUCUAAAAUUGAAACACAAGCAGUGGACGACACGGUUGACCAGGACAAGAAUAUCAUCAUCAUAGGUGGUGAUUUGAACUAUAGAAUCCAUUGCAGAAGUGAGAAGGUCUCCAAGCUGAUCAAAGAAGGUGAUUUCAGCAGUUUAUUACAACACGAUGCCCUCACUAGGGAGAGGUCUGAUGGCUCCAUCUUACAAAACUUCACAGAGGGAGAUAUCCAAUUCCCUCCAAGUUAUAAGAUCAACAAGGGAACUGGGGAAUAUGAUUUGAACAGAACACCUUCGUAUACAGACCGUAUUUUACAUUCAGAGUCUGAAUACUGCACCAUCACCUCUUAUGAAUCACCGAAAAUUGUUCUGUCAGACCAUAGGCCUGUGAUCUGUGACCUUUCGCUCAAGCUACCGUUGAUUAACAACGAGGUACGUGACAAGAUUGUCACAGGGCUCUUGAGUGAGAUUGAUGAGAAGGAGAACACUCGAAGAACCACUUUGGAUAUCAAAGACCUUGAAACCACAGUGGAAACACAAGUACUCACACCAUCAACAAUCAGAGUGCAUCUUGAGAACACUGGUCAUUACAAGACAUAUUGGGAGAUUAUGGAUGCAGUGGAUAACAUUGACUCAAAGACACCAAUUAAAGCCAUAAGAUCCACUACAGAGCCUCAACGUGGUGUCUUGCCGAAAACAGGCGAGCAGUGGCUUUCAUUCACCACCAAGUUACCAAUUGGGUGUAAAUCUCUCACCAAGACGGUUAUCUUGAGGGCGUACACUGCCCAGGACUACUUCUUAACGUUGAAAUGGGUUGCUAAACCAAGUUAUUUCGGUGUUACGUUGGAUGAGCUCCAUGGUGAUGCACACGGUGGCAUUCCUCAGCCAAUCUACACAUUGAUCAACUACUUGUCUACACACUUGAGAAAAGAGAUGUUCAACGAAAAGAUUCUCAGCUUUACGAAUGACUUGGAGAACAAGAUCAUCCAGUGGAUCAACGAGGGCAAGCCAUUGGACAAGAAGGAGUUGGCAAAGGCGGACGAGAUUUUGAACAGCAGCUCCAGUAUGGCUGUUGCAAGGGUCUUACUCUUGCUAUUGAGAAGCUUGGAUGGUGGUGUUGUUCCUGAGAACUUGACAGUGUAUCUAUUGGACAACUUCCAAGAUGACGAGCAGGUCAUGGAACGUAUACUGGAGAACCUGCCACCUCUGAGGGCCAACGUUUUGAUCUAUAUUGGAAGCUUCCUCAGACUCUGUGUGAGUUCCGGCCUUGACAAGGAGGCCAUCAUCAGAACCUUUGAGCCCUUGCUGUUACAAGUUCCUCAAAGACGUAAAAGAGACAUGCUAUUUGGAUUCAGAAAGAAUUAUGAGAAACUGGGACAUGAAUUCAUGGAAAUCCUGGUGGAUUAGCUAACUCUCGGCAUCUUCAACCACAAUCUCUAAGUAUUUAUCACAGUUUAUCGUUUCACCGGUGUUCACGUCCACCAAUUUCACACCGUGCAUGUUGUAGACUCCCAAUUGUAGUCCCAUCAGGGUGAUUUCGUUAUCAAAUACCCUUCCAGGAUCGCAUUUGAAGUGUACCUCGUUGCACAGGCUUAUAACUCCAACAGUACGAACUUUUGAGCUUGUAUAGUUCUUCAGCAAGGAGAGACUAGGAUACACUGGCGUGGGUAGUUUUGGUAUGCUUGGUAGGUUCUGGUCUGUAGAGUUGAAUACAAGGACCAGGUUUCUUGCCUUAGAUGAAGUGUUCACCACACGAACCUUCAGAUAGAAAGGGUGUCCCAGUUUCGCAUGCUUUGAGCCGA